GCCGAGCGAGUGCUGAGCGUGCUACCCGGCAAGGCUGACAGAUCGCUCCGGUGGGUGCAAGAUGGCGCAAGCGGCGCUCCCCCAGCGCGUCCCGCGCUCCUAGGAGGCAUGCGGCCUCAGCCCCCAGCAGCCCGGGCUCGGCCCCGGCCGGAGCCCCGGCCCCGGCCCCGACGCCGGCCCCGUGGGACGUUGUGAGCCGCCAGAGGCCCGGGAGCCGCGAGUAGCCGAGCCGAGCGGACCGAGAGCCCCAUGGCUGCGCCGCGCGCCGCGUCCCAGCGCCGCCUGCCUGCGCCGCACUGGCCCCGGCUCCUGCUACCGCUGCUGCUGCCGCUGCUGCUGUCCGAGCAGAGCUGGGGUCUCGGACACUCUGCUGAACUGGCAUUCACUGUGGAGCCAAGCGAUGAUGUCGUAGUCCCUGGGCAGCCUGUAGUGCUGGACUGCGGGGUGGAGGGGACGCCUCCAGUACGAAUCACCUGGAGGAAGAACGGGGUGGAGCUGCCAGAGAGUACCAACUCUACCCUGUUGGCCAAUGGGUCCUUGAUGAUCCUUCACUUCAGGCUGGAGCAGGGAGGCAGCUCUUCGGAUGAGGGUGACUAUGAGUGUGUGGCUCAGAACCACUUUGGGCUGGUAGUCAGCCGGAAAGCUCGCAUCCAAGCUGCAACCAUGUCAGACUUCCACGUGCAUCCCCAGGCCACCAUGGGUGAGGAGGGCGGUGUGGCCCGCUUCCAGUGCCAAAUCCAUGGGCUUCCCAAACCCUUGAUCACGUGGGAGAAGAACAGAGUCCCCAUUGACACGGACAAUGAGAGGUACACAUUGCUACCCAAAGGGGUCCUGCAGAUCACAGGACUUCGGGCUGAGGACAGCGGCAUCUUUCAUUGUGUGGCCUCAAACAUUGCGAGUGUGCGGAUCAGCCAUGGGGCCAGGCUCACGGUGUCAGGCUCAGGCUCUGGGGCCUACAAGGAGCCAGCGAUCCUUGUAGGGCCUGAGAACCUCACCCUGACUGUGCACCAGACCGCAGUGCUCGAGUGUGUCGCCACGGGCAACCCACGCCCCAUUGUGUCCUGGAGCCGCCUGGACGGCCGCCCCAUUGGGGUGGAGGGCAUCCAGGUGCUAGGCACAGGAAACCUCAUUAUCUCAGAUGUGACCGUCCAGCACUCCGGCGUCUAUGUCUGUGCAGCCAACAGGCCUGGUACCCGGGUGAGGAGAACAGCACAGGGCCGGCUGGUGGUGCAAGCCCCAGCCGAGUUUGUCCAACACCCACAGUCCAUCUCCAGGCCAGCUGGGACCACAGCCAUGUUCACCUGCCAAGCCCAGGGUGAGCCACCCCCUCAUGUCACAUGGUUAAAGAAUGGACAGGUCCUGGGGCCAGGAGGCCACGUCAGGCUCAAGAAUAACAACAGCACACUGACCAUUUCUGGAAUUGGUCCCGAAGACGAGGCCAUCUACCAAUGUGUAGCUGAGAACAGUGCGGGCUCAUCACAGGCCAGUGCCAGCCUGACUGUACUGUGGGCCGAGGGGCUGCCUGGGCCUCCUCGGAAUGUGCGGGCUGUCUCUGUGUCAUCCACUGAGGUCCGUGUGUCCUGGAGUGAGCCCCUGAUCAACACCAAGGAGAUCAUCGGCUAUGUCCUGCACAUCAGGAAGGCUGCCGACCCACCAGAACUAGAGUAUCAGGAAGCAGUCAGCAAGAGCACUCUUCAGCACGUGGUGAGCGACCUGGAGCCCUCCACGCCCUACAGUUUCUACAUCAAGGCCUACACACCUCGGGGGGCCAGCUCAGCCUCCAUCCCCACCCUGGCCAGCACCCUGGGUGAAGCCCCUGCUCCACCCCCAUUGUCUGUUCGGGUCUUGGGCAGCUCCUCCCUGCAGCUGCUGUGGGAGCCCUGGCCCCGGCUGACCCAGCAUGAAGGCGGCUUCAAGCUGUUUUACCGCCCAGCAAGCAAGGCCUCCUUCACUGGCCCCAUCCUGCUGCCUGGAACUGUCUCCUCCUACAACCUUAGCCAGCUCGACCCCACUGCAGUGUAUGAGGUGAAGCUACUCGCCUACAACCAGCAUGGAGACGGCAAUGCCACAGUCCGCUUCGUUUCUUUGCGGGGAGCAUCUGAGAGGACAGCCCUGAGCCCACCAUGUGACUGCCGGAAGGAGGAAGCCGCCAACCAGACAUCUACCACAGGCAUUGUCAUUGGCAUCCACAUUGGGGUCACCUGCAUCAUCUUCUGUGUCCUCUUCCUUCUGUUCGGUCAGAGGGGCAGGGUCCUCUUUUGUAAGGAUGUGGAAAACCAGCUCUCCCCUCCUCAGGGUCCCCGAAGCCAGAGGGACCCUGGCAUCCUGGCCCUGAAUGGGGCAGGACGGGGAGAGCGGGGCCAGCUAGGCUGUGACGGGAAACUCGUGGAUGUGAAGGAGCUCGAGCAGCUAUUCCCCCCAGCUGGGGUGGCCGGGCAGCUGGGCCCCAGACCCAUGCAGGAUACUGCGGCCUCUACCCCAUGUGAGGAGACCCAACUUUCCAUGCUGCCACUUCAGGGGUUCAGCCUUCUGGAGGGGAGGACAACGGAGGCCCUGACCCCAUGCACGGGCCCCAUGGCUUCCCUGACACCCCAGGAUGGAGGCCCUGGCCUCCUCAGUGAAGGACCAGCUGCCUGGCCAGCACGCUCGGCACAGUAG